UCUGUCUCCUGGGACACUCAGACGGAGGCUCAGUCGUGCUAUGGCCACCACUACAGAGGAAAGCUCUCCUGUCCUGGCCCAGGCAGACACGCAGAAGCCUGACCUAGAACCUAGUCCAGAACCCAGCUCAGGUGUUUUGGACCCAGACUGGGUUGAGGAGCGGUUCAGGAUCGACAGGAAGAAGCUGGAGAACAUGCUGUAUGCCCCCAAGCAUGUAGACGACCUGUCAGGGGAAGCAUUUUUUGAAAAGGUAAUGACAGAAACCGACACCCAGGUGAAGUGGCCGUCCAAACUCAAGAUGGGUGCCAAGUCAAAGAAAGAUCCACACGUGAAAGUGGAAGGGAAAAGAACUAACGUCCUGGAGGCCAAGAAGAGGAUUCUAGAACUUCUGGAGACCAAGGUUAACAAAGUGACUUUGAAGAUGGAUGUUGCUCACACAGAGCAUUCUCAUGUGAUUGGGAAAGGGGGCGGGAACAUCAAGAAGGUGAUGGAGGUAACCUUGUGCCACAUACACUUCCCAGACUCCAACCGCCACAAUAUCACCGGCGAGAAGAGCAACCAGGUGUCCAUUGCUGGGCCAGUCCAAGGGGUAGAGUCAGCCAGGAGAAGGAUACGAGACCUCCAGCCCCUGGUUCUGACUUUUGACCUGCCGGUGAGCCUAGUUCCCCCGGCGCUGCCUGAUGCAGCAUCUCCAGUGAUCCAGCAGGUGGCGCAGGCGCUGGGGGUGAGCGUCAGUUUCCGGGCCCAGCCCCCUCUCUACAGCAGCUGCUGCGUGGUCCGUGGCAUGCUGGGGAAUGCCGGCGCAGUCAAGAAGGCGGUGUGCGUGCUGAUGGAGCUGCUUCUGGGGUCAGAGGUCGGGGGUCCGGCGGGGGUAACAGGUGUGGUGACCUCCCAGCUGGACGUGACCUCCCAGCAGCACCUGUUCCUGCUGGGCCAGAAUGGGGUCCACUUCCUGGCCGUGAUGCACCAGACUCAGACCCAGAUCGUUCUGCCCGACCUCAGUGCCCCCCAGAGCACCCCCUCCCUGCUCAUCCAGGGCAGCCCAGAGGGAGUGUGUCAGGCCAGGCAGCAGCUCAUGGACUGUCUGCCAGUGUGUCUGAUGUUCGAUAUGCGGGAGGAGGGUGAGGCCGACGCCCGUAAACUGGCUCAGUUGAUGCAAAACCUGGGAGUCUUCAUCAGCAUCAAGCCCAAGAUCAAACAGACAGCCAAGUCUGUUGUGGUGAAGGGCCUGGAGAGGAACAUCUCUAGUGUGUACGAGGCCCGGCACCUGCUACUGGGGCUGGACUCUGCAGAGGUUGGCAUGACAACUAAACUAACCCCUGACCCCAUGUUGCCUGGAAACGGGUUGACCAACUACUGGCUCAGCAUGCUGCUGCAACAACUCCGCCUGUCUGAUCAGAGCUCUAUGCCCUCCGCAGAGACAGGGAUUAGGCCUCACCUGCAGACAAAGCCUCGUCCCUCACCCCCACCAGGUUUAGCUCCUCCCUUUGACGAGGUUAGGAUGGGACUGAAAGGAACUGAUUGUCGCCACCUCGAGAAGAUCCUGGAGAACGAGGACCAGUCUGACCAAUCGGAGGACGAGAGCCCAGGGCCGAUGGCCUCGGAGCUGAGUGAGGUUGUGAGCAGGAUGGGGAGUCGCAGAGGGAGUCUCCAGGGUCCUGAGCUCCACCGGGUUCUCAGCCUGGUGAGACGUCACUCCACGGGGCAGGCCGUGACCCUUAGACUAAUGAAUGGAGAUACGGAAGGAGGGAGGAGGGAGAAGGAGGGAGGGAGGAGGGAGAGACGCCACAGCUUGAGGAGAGACGUGACUCACAUUCAGGAUGUUUUCGAGGACACAUCUAAAGCUGAGGAUUACGACUAUGAGAAGAAGAAGCUGCUGGCGACCCAAGCCAUGCAGAGGAAGCCUGUGGUGACGGAGGUGCGGACCCCCACUGACACGUGGAGCGGACUGGGCUUCUCCAAGUCCAUGCCUGCAGAGGCGGUCAUGGAGCUCCGCAACAUCAGCCGCCGCAGCUACAAGCCCUACCUGAGCAACACCAGUCAAACACCGACAUGGGGGGCCCUGCCUGGGAAGGAGAGAGGGUGCUUUGGAAGCAACUCGGAGAACUGGCGAGACCGACGAGGGUCCACCUCUUCCUCCUCCCCCCUCUCUCCCUCUCCUACCUCCUCCUCCUCUUCUUCCCCUUCCAACUUCUCCUCGUCCACCUCCUCCUUUCCAGCAUUUGCUUGCUUGGCUAAUGGAGCCCGCAUGGACAAAAGUGCCGAGAGCUUUGUGAGCUGCAGUAACUACUUUGAGGGCAUGUCCUUAGUCAGGGCUCCGGGCGGGGCCUGUAGCAGCCCCUCCCCCCCGCCGACAGAUGACCUUCCUGAGCUGCUGGGUCAGCUGGGCCUGGGAAAAUAUAUAGACGUGUUCCAUCAACAGGAGAUUGAUUACCAGACUUUCCUCACUCUCUCUGAUGAAGACCUGAAAGAAGUGGGCGUGUCUACGUUUGGGGCCAGAAGAAAGAUGUUAUUGGCUAUCUCGGACUUGAUCAAGAGCAAAAGGAAGCUCUCAGAAACACCCAGGCCCGGCUUCCUGGAAGGCGGGGCUAGCGGCAGACUUCCACGAAUCGUGGACGAGGAGGCGGCUGCUCAGAGCAACCGUUGGUGAGAUAAGCCGCCACCAACUCUCUGCUUCCCCAUCAAGACCAAACUGGAAACGUCUGAAGCCAUGGUACAUGAUCUUAGACAUUGACCACACAGGUCCAGAACAAAUCUACAACCAAGAGAUGAUACCUUAAUUGGACGUAAUUUCAACAUCUAAUGGGAGCUUUUUGAAUAUGAUCGUCAUCUCAGAGUAAAACUUUUGAAACAACUGUCUUUUCCACCCUGUCUGGUCCUCAGUGUUUUAUGCUAAUAUUUUCUCCUCUGCUGUCAGUUGAGCUCUGUGCUUGAUGCACUGUACAUACAGUACUUUAGUUACACAAGGAGAUAAUUAGAAUGUGCUAUGUUUGAAAGAAAUGAAUAUUAAAAUGUAGCCUGAU